GACCAAGCCUCACCAGCCGGGCUGCAAGGCCGCACGAGCCAAAAGGCGUCUGCUGCAAGACGGGAUCCCUUCUCGGCUCCUCACAGCGACGCACCUGCGUCUCCGGUCAACCUGCCCGACGGCGUCAGUUGGCCAUGUAACACGACCUUAUAGGUCGAAAUAGGUCUCUGCUCAAGUCGAUGUAGUUUCACUGCCCACGCUUGCCGCCCACGCGCGCCGAUUCUGAGGCCGCGAACCAUGCUUCGUGUGAUACGAAGGUGGGUUGAGCUGCAUAGCCUCCCCAUCAACCUGGCUCUGCUAGUUCCUGUUUGACUCGAUGCAAGGCGGAUUCGAUGGCGAGAGACAGACGACCUCUCGAUGUUAUUUCCACGCCUCUCAUCUCCACCAAAGACUGGUUUCGACGUCUUUUGAUUCUCUCGUCCCUGCUUGCUCCCAUCGUGGCGUCCGCCAAGGAACAAUGUCUUUGAAAGAACGAGUUAGGGACUUCGCCGCUCGCGGUCGCGAAAGCAGUGCUGCUGGAAAGUCCAGAUGGAAGCUCAAGCCGCGCAUGCUGCGUCACGUCAAAGCGGCCGAACUCGUCUCUCUCAGUAGAGACUCCAGUCUGGCCAAGAUCCCGGCCGAGCUACAACUACAGAUCAUCUCGACUCUCGAGUACGAGGACGUCGUCCAGCUGAAGCGGACAUGUCGGUACUUCAACUUUUUCAUCAAUUCCGACGUGAUGGAGGAGAGUAGAGCUGCGCAGGUCGAGAUCUUCCGCGUCAUGGAGCAAAACUACAGCAUGCCCGGAGACAAACUUCCAUGCUACCAUUGCCUCAAGCUGAAGCCAAAGGUCGAAUUCUACGACGUCGCCGGAAAGUACUAUCUCAGCUCACCACCGAUCGGCUACUACAGAACCGCGUUGUACAAUGCGGACACCAACCGCAACUGCAUCAGGUGCGGCUUUCUUACCAGACAAUAUCUUCCCGGUCUUAGUCUAAAAACUGGAAAUCAAGUCUGGAUGUUUUGCUCCGAAUGUGGCGUUCUAGAGAGGCUGCCGAGUCAAUCGUCCUACAGGUACCCGGACAAUCUUUGUUUGCCAUGCUCUAACAAGUAUAAUUUUUUCCGUGCUCAGGGAACCACAAUGCGACUUGUGCAGUGGGUCAUCUCAAUAGUUAUCCUACCCCUCGCUUGCACGGGGCAAUUCAUGCCAUGGACUUCAAAGGCUAGCAACCACUCCCUGAGGUGGAUCUUCACCAUCACUCUGGCAAGUAUCGACUAUGUGGUUGGUGUGCUUAUUCUUGCCACGGCUAACAAAUUUUUCAGGAUCUGCUAACCUUUGGUGCGACCCUGGGAUCGAUUUGCACGAGAACACAGAACAGCUACGGCCAGUUCACCAACAAACGGGCAGAAAAUCACAACUUUGUGUUCGUUGUGGAGUCUACGGCCUUUGCGUGUUGGACAGGCAUUCUAAUCUCAAUAUUUGUCGAAGCCAAAAACAAUCAUUGGACCGGUAGAUACGACCGUUUCGCAAAAGGGCUCACCGUGUUGGUUUUUAUUGAAUCUCUUCUCUUCUUCAUCACGGCCUUGUGGGCAAACAGAUAUUCUAGAGGAGUUUUGAUUCCGAAGUCAAGGAGGUACAAAAGUCGACACCUGGUCUGAUCUCGUCCUGAUGGGUGUUUUUGCAUGGUCGAAUGGAUGAUUUGGAUAUCUUCUUUCGUGUUUAGAGCACAAAUUUGUGCAUUUUUUUUUUUUUGUUGUGUUACGUAUGCUAGCGCUAUUUCGGAUAAGCAGCAUUGAUGCAAACAAGGACUUCGUUGUCUAAAAGGCGGCUCAUGUGCAAAUGAUGAACGAAUUUCAGUCUCCCGCUUAGCUCUCUAGGCCUAAAUUCUAUGGAAGCGCGUCUGCGCUGGUACAAAGUCAUGUCCACGUAAAAUAA